CGGUGUCCUGGCCAUGGCCGGCCUGUCGGACCUGGAGCUGCGGCGGGAGCUGCAGGCCCUGGGCUUCCAGCCAGGACCCAUCACCGACACUACCCGGGACGUAUACCGCAAUAAGCUGCGCCGCCUGCGGGGCGAGGCCCGGCAGCGCGACCAGGAGCGGCUGCGGGAGGAAGCCGGGCCGCGGGGCGACGAGCGGCUGCGGGAGGAGGCCUGGCUGCGCGAGGAGGCGCCGCUGCGCGCCCGGCCCGCUGCGUCCCCUUCGCGGGUGGAGCCCUGGCUUUCCUCUCCGGCCUCGGGCUCGGCCUACGCGACUUCUGGGGCCUAUAGCGAUCUCGGGGUCUCCAAGGUUUCCUGGUCCGGAAGCCGCGGUCUCGCCUACUCCGCUCGCCCCGCGCAGCUCAGGCGCCGCGCCUCAGCCCGUGGCAGCUCCGAGGAGGACGAGGAUGCCCGGAUGCCCAACAGGGCCGCGCCGGGCGUAGGGCUUGGGGUCCGCCGCUGGUGGGCCGCUUCCCCGGCCCCGGCGCGGUUGCCCUCUGCCCUCUACGGCCCCGACCCGCGCCCGGGCCUGCGGGCAACAGGAGCGGUUCCUGCGGGCGCGGCACGGGCCCGGCCCGAGGUGGGGCGACGACUGGAGCGCUGCCUGUCCCGGCUCCUGCUCUGGGCCAGCCUGGGGCUGCUGCUCGUCUUCCUGGGUAUCCUCUGGGUGAAGAUGGGCAAGCCCUCGGCGCCGCAGGAGGCGGAGGACAACAUGAAGUUAUUGCCAGUGGACUGUGAGAGCAAAACAGAUGAGUUCUGUCAGGCCAAGCAGAAAGCAGCCUUGCUGGAGCAGCUGCACGAGCUAUACAACUUCCUGGCCAUCCAAGCUGGCAAUUUCGAGUGUGGAAAUCCAGAGAAGCUAAAAAGCAAAUGCAUCCCUGUUAUGGAAGCCCAGGAAUACAUAGCCAAUGUGACAGGCAGCUCCGCAGCCAAGUUUGAAGCGGCGUUGACCUGGAUCCUGAGCAGUAACAAGGACGUGGGCAUCUGGUUGAAAGGGGAGGACCCGUCCGAAUUGGUGACAACCCUAGACAAAGUGGUGUGCCUGGAGUCCUCCCGCCCCCGCAUGGGUGUCGGCUGCCGCCUGAGCCGAGCCCUGCUCACAGCGGUCACCCACGUACUUAUCUUCUUCUGGUGCUUGGCUUUCUUGUGGGGACUCCUAAUUCUCCUGAAAUACCGGUGGCGGAAGUUGGAAGAAGAAGAGCAGGCCAUGUAUGAAAUGGUGAAGAAGAUUAUAGAUGUGGUCCAGGACCAUUAUGUGGACUGGGAGCAGGACAUGGAGCGCUACCCAUAUGUGGGCAUCCUGCACGUGCGUGACACCCUGAUACCCCCGCAGAGCCGGCGGCGCAUGAAGCGGGUCUGGGACCGAGCUGUGGAGUUCCUGGCCUCCAACGAGUCUCGGAUCCAGACAGAGUCUCACCGUGUGGCUGGAGAGGAUAUGCUGGUGUGGAGAUGGACUAAACCCUCUUCCUUCUCUGACUCGGAGCGAUAA